AAAAUGAUGUUGUGCUUCGGCACAACUGUUAAAAUUGGAAAAAUACAGAGAAGAUUAGCAUGGCCCCUGCGCAAGGAUGACACGCAUAAAUCGAGAAAUGGUUCCAAAUUUUUUGUCCCGGCCCCCUGUUCGAGUCCGGCCGACCGCAGCCCCUGGUCCCCCUCCUGGCCCUCUUCCCUGCGCCGCUCGGUCCUGCGCUACCGCGGGGGCCCUAGUGCGCUGCUCAACGCGGACAUUGCAGCAUGAAGGUGACGACACAUCCAGGGGACACAUCUAUUGUCGCGUGGCUCGGAGUGUUCAGGGUGGGCGGGCAAUUGAGGCUCAGUGACUAUCCCUUCUCUGUAAUAUCGCAACCUCAGUGAGAGGCUCAGUGAGGCUCAGUGGACACAUGACCAGGGUCUGUCUUGGUGACCAGCUGCGGGCUGUAGGCAGCCAGCUGCGGGCUGACCUGGACGCUGCCCAGGCUGCUGGUGACCAGCUGAGGAGUAACUUGCGUGCAGCCCAGGCCGCAGGCGCUCAGCUGCAGGCUGAGCUGGUGCGUGUCAAAGCACAGCUGGUAUCCAAGAGCUCAGUUCCUGCUGCAGCUGGAGCUGGGCCUGCGGAGGACAGCAACCAGAGCGGCACAGUGGUCACAGAGCUGAAUAAGCUGAUGGGCCCGCAGCAGCGCAAGGACAUUGCCAUGUCUGUGCUGCAGCUUGUGCAGCAGCUGCCCAUCCCGCGCCCAGCCAUGGAUGGGUUGCUAGCAGGGGUGCAGCAACUGGGAGCCAUCGUGCAGGAGUUGGACCAGCGGCAUAUGGAACACAGAAACUGGAUCAGGCAGCUCGAGCACAGGAACCUCGCCUUGGGCUGUGCCAUGAAUGGGACAUAUUCCCUGCAGAAGGCGGCUGAGUCCAGCAAUGGAGCAGGAAUGCACAGCCGGCCUGGCAGCAAGACUCCUGCCACUGCCCUGCGCCAGCAGCCCCAGUGCCCACAGCCACAGCAGGUGGUGGCGCCCUCUGCUCAUGCUGCCAGUGCCAUGGGCAUAGUGGGGCAGCAGCAGCAGCAGUUCACUGCUGGCACUGCUGCAGCUGCUCCACGCCCACCAACCCACCCCAACACGGGGGCAGGCACUGGGAUACAGGUGCCGGGUGUGGCUCUCACAAUGCCGUUGGUGCCACAGCCGCCCCUGGCCUCCCCAUUUGUGGCCGCACCAGAAGCGGCGGCAGUGGACUCAUCACCUGCGCAGUUCAGGGCAGCAAGCAUGGUGGCAUCUGCCAUUGCACUGGCAGCAAGCAGCACGUCCAUGGGACAGGACACCACCAAGCAGGAGGCAGCGGUGGCAGUGGCGGCAGUGACAGGGGGCAGUAGCAGUGCCCAGGAGGCGGUGAUGCCAGCCGUGGUGGUGCCAGCAACAGGAGGCACCAGUGGUGGCAGCGGUGACAACAAGAUUUCGGCUUUGGCAGCAGGUGGGCCAGGGGCAAGCAAGGGCUCCACGCCUGCCUCUGAGCCCUGUCACAAACACCAUGGCAGUGUAGUGGCAGCAGCAGCGGGUCAUCAGCUCAUCAAGUAGACUUACAUGGAGGCCCAGUCAGUGGGCUCAGCAACUGGUUCAGAGAGUGGGGCACGGGGACAGGCGCUCAGGGGCUGGGGCUCAAUCUGGAAUUAUUUUGUUUUGAUGAUGGUUUGAGUGCAGCUUGAAUGGGCAGUUUUUUUGCUAUUUAUGCUUUACUGAGAGGUGUACAGUGGCUCCAUGACUGCUGGGGCUCAGUGAGCGGUGGACUAAUGAGACCUGAAUGGCAGCAUACUUAAUGCUACAAAAUAUAUGGAUGGAUCGCAUAACACUAAAUGCACUGCUGACUGAGAGGUGCUACAGCAGCUCGGUGACUGCUGGGGCUCAGUGAGCGGUGGACUACUGAGACCUGAAUGACAGCAAUACUUAAUGCUACAAAAUAUAUGGAUGGAUCGCAUAACACUAAAUGCACUGCUGACUGAGAGGUGCUACAGCAGCUCGGUGACUGACUGAGGAAGGCCCAGUGCUCAGUGGUAGGGGGCUCAGUGUGGAAGGCUCAGUAAGGCAGGCUCAGUGGUGGCUCAGUGACAGGGGGGCUCAGUGCUCAGUGACAGUGGUUCAGUGUGGAAGGCUCAGUGCUCAGUAACUGCUGGGCCUCAGUGUUCAGUGAAGGUGGCUCAGUGUGGAAGGCUCAGUGCUCAGUGACUGCUGGGGCUCAUUGAGGUAGGCUCAGUGCUCAGUGACAGGGGACUCAGUGCUCAGUAAGGCAGGCUCAGUGGUGGCUCAGUGACAGGGGGGCUCAGUGCUCAGUGACGGUGCCGGCUCAGUGCUCAGUGACGGUGCUUCAGUGUGGAAGGCUCAGUGCUCAGUAGUUGCUGGGGGUGCAAUGGGUGCGAUGGGACAGUGAUGGUGGCUCAGUGGGGUAGGCUCAGUGCUCAGUGACAGGGGCUCAGCCUGGAAGGCUCGGUAGGGCAGGCUCAUUGAGGUAGGCUCAGUGGGGUAGGCUCAGUGCUCAGUGACAGGGGGCUCAGUGUGGAAGGCUCAGUAAGGCAGGCUCAGUGGCUCAGUGCUCAUUGAGGUAGGCUCAGUGCUCAGUGACAGGGGCUCAGUGUGGAAGGCUCAGUGCUCAGUGACAAGGGGAUCAGUGGCUCAGUAAUGUAAAAAUAUAGUCCG